AUGAAGAAAAUAUGGAAAAAUGUUGUGGAUUUGAGAUGUUUUUGCAUUAUAAAUACAAUUUGAACGCAUAAAAAUAGACCGAAAAUGUAGAAAAUAUAGUAGAAUGGCUCGGAAAUAUAGAGCAUUUUUGGGAUAAUAUUUUUUUUUUCGGCCACAGUUUUUUUGAUAGAAAAAUAAUCAGGGUUUGUCUGAUUCGUAUAGUGGAGGUAGAUAGAUAUAAAUGUAUUUUUGAACUUCUCGGCAAAAAUACAAUUUUUGAGCCGCAAAAUUGAUCUUUUCGUAUGAAAUUGUCUAGACUAGAAAAUGGGAAUGUUCAAAUUUUAGUUCCAAAAAUCCGAAAUUUUGAAUUUGCCACGUGGAUUUUUCUGGAAUUAAAUUUAGUCGGCAAGUUAGAAAAUGUCUUGAAGUUUUUUCCACGUAGAUUUUUUUGCCACGUCACAGUUCUAAAAUUUCAAAAAUCUCUAAUUUUGCAGUUCCUCGAUCUCGAAAAGACGAAAAACAGUUUGAAGAGCAAAACGAAGAAACAGUUUUAGCGCCAUCAAUCGCAAGAUCACCAAAAAAUUCGCCCAAAAAACUUGAAUCCCCAAAAUCGAAAAAAAAUGGAGGCGAAAAUUGUUGUCAAAUUGGAGAUGACGACGAUUUACGAGAAACUCAAUCAAUGGGUGAAAAUGGCAGGGGAAUUGAUGAUGAUUGGUCGAAAAAUCCACCGCAUAAAGUCACUUCUGAGACUGAAAUUGAUGAUUAUUCGGAAGCGGCGACAAAGAAGAUGAAUAAAUAG